AGUUUUCCCCACCAGGCAGUGAGAACGUUUCCGUUUGGAACCCCCACACAGCCUUGGCUGGCUGGCUGGCUGUGUUGUUGGAUGGAGAACACUCUGGAGAUAUGCGCAUGGCAGCUGGCGAUCGCUCGACCCUGUGUACCCCAAAUUGGCCAAUAGUUUGGCCGCAACGUCCUCCUGGGAUGGUGUUGCCUGCCACGGGGCUCUGCUGACACCCCCAGGUCUCUGGCUGGGUCUCCAUGGCACCUCCCUCUGUAGGAGCCGUGAGGGGACAGAGAGCGGCCCAAUGACAAGCCUGAUGAAAGGAUCAGAAAACUGUCAUACUUAAUUUGCUCAUUUGUAUUUAAGGGCCGAGGCUUCAGAGACCCCAGGGACUUUUUUCAGUACUCACAGAAACCUCCUGCACCCUGGUGAUGGCACAUAGGGACUGUUUUCUUGCUCUAAGUCUGAAUGACUGCCAAGAAGCAAGGCAGAGAUAGAGCAGUUGGAUCUCUGGCUCUCCCCAUAGUUUCUAAUCUCAGACCUUAUUAAUCUUUCUGAGCCAAAGGACAAAGCUACCUUGAACAAAUGAUUUUGAGUCAUGAAUGAAAAAUCUUGCUCUUUCCAUAAUGAGAAAGAAUCAAGAGAUGGGCAGGUUGAAAAUAUGUCUGCUGGGUACUCUUCACCGUAUGGCAAGGACAGCGGUGCUCUUCUGGCUUUCAGAGGAAUUCCUAUCUCAGAAUUGAAGAACCACAGCAUCCUCUGGGCCCUGACAACAGAAACUAAUGGAUGGGUGCCAAGUGUUACGAGCACAGAGGUGCUCAGAGCCCAAGAAGAAUGGGAAGCUGUGGAUAACAUCCAGCCAGAGACAGGGAGCCAAGCCAGCUCAGACCAGCCUGUGCAGCUAAUCUCCUUUGGUGAGGCGCUGCAGCAUUUCCAGACUGUGGACCUCUCCUCCUUCAAGAAAAGAAUCCAGCCCACAAUUCGAAGAACUGGGCUUGCUGCCCUCCGGCACUGCCUCUUCGGGCCUCCAAAGCUUCACCACGGACUCCGUGAAGAAAGGGAUUUGGUCCUGACCAUUGCUCAGUGUGGCCUGGAUAGCCAAGACCCACUGCAUGGCCGAGUACUCCAGACCAUCUACAAGAAGCUGACUGGCUCCAAGUUUGACUGUGCCCUCUACGGAGAUCACUGGGAAGAUCUGGGCUUUCAGGGAGCAAAUCCAGCGACAGACCUGAGAGGAGCAGGCUUCCUUGCCCUCCUGCAUCUGUUGUACCUGGUGAUGGACUCCAAAACCUUGCUGAUGGCCCAGGAGAUUUUCCGUCUGUCCCGUCACCAUAUCCAGCAAUUCCCCUUCUGUUUGAUGUCUGUGAAUAUCACUCGCAUUGCAAUCCAGGCCUUGAGGGAGGAGUGUCUCUCCAGGGAGUGUAAUCGGCAGCAGAAGGUGAUCCCAGUGGUGAACAGCUUCUAUGCCGCCACUUUCCUCCACCUCGCCCACAUCUGGAGGACACAGCAGAAGACCAUCUCAGACUCAGGCUUUGUCCUCAAAGGCUCUGGGCUGGGGGUACUUCCUAGAGCUGCUGGGCCCCGACUGUUCUGCAGCCCAAAGCCCACUCGAGCCUUCUGUACCCCAAUGCUCUAUUCCAGACGUGGAAUUGCUGGCCAAGAAGAGCCCACGGCGGCUGCUCAAGACCCUGGAGAGCUACUUGGCUGGAGUGUCAAAGGGGCAGGCCUCUUUAUUGGGAACACAGAAGUGCUAUGAGCCACAGGCCCCUCACUCCAAGGAUCUCACUUUCACAGGCGUGUGUGACCUGCCACCACAUUCAUCUGAAGGCACAUGGCUGAUCUGACCAACCCCAGGGACUGACAUAGGAAGACUUAAAGGUUGGGCCACCAGGGCUUUCGGAGGGCACAUGGCCCACCCUGUCAGGAACACCCUGGCUGGGCCAAGCCCCUUCCUGCCUCAGCAGAAGGGAUGUAGGAAGCUCCUGGUCCUGGUCAGGGAAGCAGAGGACCCUCGUCCCCAUGAGACAUCAGGUGCAGUUAGACUUGACCCCGCAGACCUGUCUCCAGAGCAAGAACUUUGUUAUGACCUUAGUUGAGCUAUAGCUUACCAAGUUGGGUUCCAGGUAAUCUCAAUUGUAAGGUAGGACAGCCUCAUCUGGGUGUCCCACAUGUCCUCACAAUGAAGGACAUACCCAAGUAGAGGCACCAGAAUUCUGACUCCUGGGCAGCAGGGCUUUCAGGCCUCUGAUGGCAUAGGACAGGGACCAGACGGACAUUAUAGUAGUUAGAAUCGGAAGGGAGAAGGCAGCAGUGGCAGCAGCCAACAGGGGGCAGCAUGAAUCAGAGCAAGCUGCCCAAGGCUGCAUCUGGGCUGGCUUUAAUCUUCAUUCACCAGGCCAGUACCAGGGCCCCUCUGGGGUUUCUGGCCUCGCAUUUAUUCCUCUCUCUUCUCUCCCCAACCCUCCUUCCCAGUAAGAUAUAGAACAGGGCCUUCGGCUAGGUAUCUCCAUUGUUGCCCAUCCUAACUGCCCACCAGCUGGACUCGCCCCAUAGAGACUGUGCAGUUCCCAUCAGAGAUGGUUUUCUAGCCUGCUGAGGGAAGAAAAUUCACAUACCAGCAGUUUUUGAAUAAAAGAAUUGUUCUGGGUUAAA